UUACACCAAGGUCACAGGUUCAGAUCCCCAUGCCAGCCGCAAAAAAAAAAAAAGAAAAAGAAAAAGAAAAGAUUACAUCAACAAUGGUGAACCUAUACCAUGAAAUAUUGUUCAACUAUUAUGAAAAAUAAAUUAGAUAUAUUGCCCAGGUCAAUAACAUUUUCUGUCAGUUCAACUUGUUGCAGCUAGCAUGUGUUACUUUUAUGAUUUUCUAGAGUGGAAGGAAAAAAGGAAAAGAAGUCUGCCCUGAACUCCCCGUGUGGUCUAGGAAGGUGUGGGAAAGGGGGCCUGGGUAGAACAGAGGCCCCAGGAAAGCCUUCUGUCCCAGCAGGUGAUCCCAACACACUCAGUGGCCCUAGGCAAAUGGCUGCCCCUCUCCGGACCUCAGAUGCCCUCCUCUCCAGAAUGCAGCGAGUGGCAGCCAUAAAAAGCAUGCUGCUUACUACCAACGGUCGGCUUGAGUUUGAGUCCCAGUGGCACUUAAGUGGCGCUAUGAGCCAGACAUCUUCGAAAGGCCCUACCCUUGUCAACCCAUUUAAUCCCUCAUCGACCCCACGAGUUGGGUACCUCAUAUUAUCAUACCCAUACUACAAAGGGGGACAACUGAGACACGUAGAGGUUACUGGAGAUCACACACUAGAAAGUGGCAGAAUUCCAGCGCAGGCAGCCUGGCUCCGACUCGGGCCCUGGACCACCAGGCUCUGCGCGGCUCGCGUCUCAGCAGCUGACUUCCUCCGUCUCAACCCCGGUUUACUCCGCCGUGAAAUGCACUUCCCAGUACUCACCUUUUCAGUUUGCUGCAAGGGUUAAAUGGAGUCCGGAGUGGACCUGGAAGAAGGAAGUGUUUAAAAAAUGGGAACCGUUGUUACCUCAGUCCCUGCAGGAAGAUGUGCCAAUGCCAGGGGUCCUCUCCGGUGCAAGUUGCAGGGCAGGGAUCCGGGCCCUGGGCCUUCCAGACCCCGACCACACCACACCCUGUUCCAGCCCCGCCAGAGAAGAAAGGGAAGCUGAGUCCGGGGGCCCGGGCGACCGGCCCGGAAGCCUCUCGGUGGCGUGAAGCAAGAACCUCCCAGCCGCUCAGCCCCAGCACAUAAAGGAGGCCUGGCCGCUGCGGCUCUCAGCCCUCCCUGCGCGCGCUCCCAGCCAUGCCCGGCCGCCGUGCGCUGCUCGCCUGCGCCUUCCUCGCCCUCCUCCGACUCGGAGCGGCUCGGAACACAGAAGAGCCGGCCUCCUGCACCCUCGUCGUGCCCCGGAGCGAGUGGAGGGCCUUGGCAUCCAAGUGCUCCCAGCACCUGAAACUACCCGUGCGCUACGUGGUGGUGUCGCACACGGCGGGCAGCACCUGCAACACUCCAGCCUUGUGCCAGCAGCAGGUCCGGAACGUGCAGCACUACCAUUCGCAGACGCUGGGCUGGUGCGACGUGGGCUACAACUUCCUGAUUGGAGAAGACGGACUCGUGUAUGAGGGCCGGGGCUGGGACAUCAAGGGUGACCACACAGGUCCCACCUGGAACCCCAUGUCGAUUGGCAUCACUUUCAUGGGCAACUACAUGGAGCGGACACCCCCACCCCGGGCCCUCCGGGCAGCCCAGAAUCUGCUGGACUGCGGCUUAGCUCGGGGAGCCCUGAGCUCCAACUACGAAAUCAAAGGACACCGGGAUGUACAGCAGACACUCUCUCCAGGUGACCGGCUCUAUGAAAUCAUCCAGAAGUGGAACCGCUACCGAGAGUGAGGCCCUGCUUGUUGGCCUCCCACUCUUCUCCCCCCAUGGCCAGAAGCCCCACUGCCCCUUCCUCCAAUAAAGGUGCAGCUCAACCUGUG